GGGCGGGGAGGAGGAGGAGGGGGGGGGCGGGCGGGAGGGAUGGAAGGCGGUAGCCCCGGCGAAGCCAGCCCGGCCGAAAGCCCCAAUUUGUUUUCCCUGGCGGGUCUUGGCGUCGCCUUGCGGACCAUCCCGGAGACCCCGGAUCCGGCUGCUUUGGGCUACUUGCAGCUGCCGUGGCAGAGGGAGCACCGCGUGUGCAAGAUCAUCAGCCGUCGCCGCAGAGACGCCCGGCUACACCGCAAGGGGGGCCCUCUGGGCAAGGAGAUUCACGCUUUAAAAAGAUUGAGAGAAGCUGCUAAUUCAAAUGAUUUGGAAACAGUAGUGCAACUUCUAGAAGAUGGGGCAGACCCCUGUGCUGCUGAUGACAAAGGUCGAACAGCCCUGCACUUUGCUUCUUGUAAUGGAAAUGAUCGCAUUGUGCAGUUGCUUUUAGACCAUGGUGCUGAUCCAAACCAGCGAGAUGGAUUGGGGAACACUCCCUUGCAUUUGGCUGCCUGCACGAACCAUGUUCCUGUCAUCACCAUGCUACUCCGCGGAGGAGCUCGAGUGGAUGCCCUGGAUCGAGCUGGAAGGACCCCUCUGCACUUGGCCAGGUCAAAGUUAAACAUCCUGCAGGAUGGCCUCUCACAGAGCUUGGAGGUUGUGCGCCUUGAAGUAAAGCAGAUCAUCCAGAUGUUGCGAGAAUAUCUUGACCGUCUUGGACGUCAUGAACAGAGGGAACAAUUGGAUGACCUUUGUACCAGGCUACAGAUGACUAGCACAAAAGAACAGGUGGAUGAAGUUACUGACCUCUUAGCCAGUUUCACCUCACUCAGCUUGCAGAAGCAGAAGAUAGACCAGAGGUAACUGGCUUUUCUAUUGUCCUCCCACACCAAAGGAGAAGUCCUGGAAGAAAAGAUAGCUGGAGCUCCAUUUCAGGAUUGCAACAUUGUUGUUGCCAGCAUCAAGCGUACUUUUCCUGCUGCAUCUAUGUUGAACGGUUUGAAACCAUGAAACAUCAGGGACUGCCUUCAAUACCCUUUCUUUGGGCCAAGGAUUUUUGCUGUGCUGCCUUCAAAGGCAUCUUUAUUAUUCAUUAUUUAAGAAUCAGGAAUUAUCUUUCAGCUAAUGAAAUUGUGGGGAAGCUGCCCCUCUUUAAGGAUACUGCCCUCAGGAAGUAUUAUUGAAGUCCUGCAAGUAGCAACUUCAGUCUGCUCUGGAUAUAUUUGGAAAAAUGGCAGCUAUUAGCAAAUACUCUGCUUUUAAUACCCAGUAUUUAUGCACACAAUUAGUGAGCCUUUCUAGGUGGUGACAAAUGUAAUUGACAAUAAAUUAAAAAAAACCAGGUUGGGAAUAUUUUAAAUGGAGAAAAGUUUAAAAGGCUAGCAAUGCUGCCUAUGUACAUUGUUGGGGUGGGGGGAGAGAUUUUAUUGAUAUCACACACAUGUGUACACACAUGCAUACCUUAGAUACUAUAUAUUCACACAAGCCAGGAAUUUCCUUUAUGCUGAUUCUAUUUCCUGAAUUUUGAAUCACAAAAAGGCUGGUAUAAGUAAGUCUACGCUCUGUCCAAGCUUCUUUUGCUAAUAUUACUUAUAUUAAAGGAGCAGAGGAAGAGUAGUUAAAAGUCUUUGGUUGUCUCUUAGCCUGCUAGUACAAAAAGACAUUUGCAGGAGUUGGGUGAUUCCUUUAGGGUGCUACAAUGAAUUGUUAGAUCAUCAGCUGAAUAUUCUUAUUGUGCCCUUUCCUUGGGUCACUUCCCUUUUUAUCUCUGGUUCAUGGAAUUACUUGUUCCAGAAGAGGAAAAAGGGAGGGAAAUAAUGUGAAGUACACAUUAUUUGUGGGUGAAAUGCUAGUUUACUUUCAUAUGCUGUUUUUCUUCAUACAAAGGGCAUAAAAUUGGUUUACAGCUCAUGCCAGAUUCAGGUACUGUAGCAAAUCAUCUGCUUUAAAUCAAAAUAUCUCUCACUGUGAUAGUAUGUAGAUUGUACUCAAAUCAAAAUAUGAUUAGCUAUGUUGAAUUAGGCACAGACCUUAUCUAGGAUAAUGUAGAUGAGCAGAGCUCUAGAGGUGUUUUCCCCAGAGCCUGUGAGUUCCUUGAACAUGUAAGACUUUUUUUAAUGAUACCAUUUUAAUUGGCUCUGGCUGAGCAGGUUUUGGAAAUUCUGCUUCUUUUAUGGGAAAGUACUUGCUUUUUCAUGUUGGUGUUCAAAAUGAAAAAAUCCCUUAUUCUGAAGUUCAAACAAUUUUCUGCAACCAUAAAUUUGUUGAAUAAGAGCUAGUUCAGAGAAGAAAAAACCUCAAAGCUGUUGUUAUGUCCUAACAGGGUGUUUUGACUCUAACCAGCCAACAGUAAUUAAAAAGGAAGAUGCUUGUAGCCAUUCCAGCAUCAUCAAAAUUCCAAGGUUGUUUUAGUUCCUUGAGAUUUGUAUCUUCUUAUGACUUUAUUUUUUGGUAAAUAUGCAAUGUUUGUGGUAGAAGAGUUACUGGAUGCAUAACUUUAAAAGAGACACAGUUCUUGGAUUUCCUGAAUGCAGCAGCUUGAUCAAGGAAUCCCGAAUUCUUACCUAAAGAGGAUGCUUUAGUUCUGAAUUUGGCUCAGACUUUGCUAGAACUGUCACUGUGAAUACAAUGAACUUUAUUCUAUUAUACAAGGAGGAUGGGAAGCAAUUUUAUCUUUUCAAUAAAAUUCUGUUUUGCUGUCAGAA